AUGCACCUUUAUGAAUCUAAGUUUUCCCAAGCAACUUAUGCCUUUCUGUAUUUAAUGAAGACGUUGUUUUUUCUCUUUCUUAAGAAUGUCAAGCUGUCAGCUGAAGUAGAACCAUUUAUCCCUCAGAAGAAGGGUCCAGAAACACUAAUGAUCCCUAUGGCGCUUCCUAACGACAGUGGAGGAGUUAAUGGCGUGGAACCAACUCCUAUCCCCAGUUACCUGAUCACUUGCUAUCCAUUUGUACAGGAAAACCAAUCCAAUAGACAGUUUCCAUUAUAUAACAAUGACAUCAGAUGGCAGCAACCCAACCCAAAUCCUGCAGGACCAUACCUUGCUUAUCCUAUAAUAUCUGCACAGCCACCUGUUUCUACAGAAUAUACAUAUUACCAGCUGAUGCCAGCACCAUGUGCUCAGGUCAUGGGUUUCUACCAUCCUUUCCCUACACCCUAUUCUGCACCCUUUCAAGCAGCAAAUGCUGUAAAUGCAGUUACUACAGAAUGCACCGAGCGUCCUAACCCGCCAGGCCAAGUCUUUCCACUAUCCGGUCAGCGAAGCCGAAGCAGUAACAGGGGACCAGUCAUACAAAAACAGCAACAGUUACAGCCGCACAUAAAAAAUAAACGGCCUCCAGUGAAAAAUGUAGCAACCCAAAAGGAGACUAGUUCAUCAGGACCUGAGAACAGAUCAAAGAUUGUUUUGUUGGUUGAUGCAUCACAGCAAACAGACUUUCCUUCAGAUAUAGCUAAUAAGUCACUGUCUGAGAGCGCAUCUACAAUGCUUUGGAAAUCAAAAGGCAGGCGCAGAAGAGCUUCUCACCCUGCUGCAGAGUCCUCUAGCGAACAAGGCGCAAGUGAAGCAGACAUUGACAGUGACAGUGGUUAUUGUAGUCCAAAGCAUGGCAAUAACCAGGCUGCAGCCAUGACUUCAAGAAAUACAGAUUCUUGCACAAUGAAUGUUGUAGAACCAGCAAUAAAUACAGCAGGUGUGGGUUGGACUAAUGUAAAUUCCCAGGCAACUCAAAAAAAGCCUUGGAUAGAAAAAACUCAGACAUUUUCUAGAGGUGGAAGACAAGCUGAGCAAAGAAGUAGUUCACAGUCCGGUUUCAGAUGCCGAGGCCACAGCACAUCUUCAGAAAGAAGGCAGAAUGUGCAGAAACGACAUGAAAAACCUCUCACUAUGAGUCAAUCAGGCAGAACAGAGCAGAGUCCUGAACCUCUGUAUUUUGAGGAUGAAGAUGAAUUUCCAGAGCUAAAUAGUGACAAUGGGAGCAGCAAGAGCACUAACAUCCAGCAAAAGAUUUCACCCAAAGUAUUGGAUGACUUACCAGAGAAUUCUCCAAUCAACAUAGUCCAAACUCCAAUUCCUAUUACAACAUCUGUACCGAAGCGUGCAAAAAGUCAGAAGAAGAAGGCCUUGGCGGCAGCGCUUGCAACAGCUCAAGAAUAUUCAGAGAUAAGCAUGGAACAGAAAAAACUCCAGGAGGCUUUAUCAAAAGCAGCUGGAAAGAAAAGCAAGACCCCUGUGCAGUUAGAUUUGGGGGACAUGUUAGCAGCUCUUGAAAAGCAGCAACAAGCAAUGAAAGCUCGUCAGAUCACCAACACCAGGCCUCUUUCAUACACAGUCGGCAGUGCUGCUCCCUUUCAUACCAAAGAAUCUGCUAACAGAAAGUCCUUAACAAAGGGGCAGCCAGCUAUGGGUUGCCUUAAUCCUUUGGAUUCAACUGCUCCAAAAGUGAAAAGAGGAAAAGAAAGAGAAAUUUCAAAACUGAAACGCCCUACAGCACUUAAAAAGAUUAUUUUGAAAGAGAGAGAAGAAAAGAAAGGCCGUUUAUCAGCAGAUCAUAACCUUUUGGGAUCGGACGAACAGAAAGAGGUUCAUAUUAACUUGACCUCUGAUCAGUCUCAGGAAUUGGCCUCUCAAGAAGAAACUGGGCUAAGUAUGCCUAGUGAUACUUCACUUUCUCCAGCAAGUCAGAAUUCUCCGUACUGCAUGACUCCAGUGUCCCAAGGCUCACCUGCUAGUUCAGGAAUAGGUAGUCCAAUGGCAUCUUCUGCAAUAACCAAAAUUCACAGCAAGAGAUUCAGAGAAUACUGUAACCAGGUUCUAAGUAAAGAAAUAGAUGAGUGUGUAACUCUGUUACUGCAAGAGCUUGUCAGCUUCCAGGAACGGAUUUACCAAAAGGAUCCCAUGAGAGCUAAAGCAAGGAGAAGGCUUGUUAUGGGGUUGCGUGAGGUUACUAAGCAUAUGAAGUUAAACAAGAUCAAGUGUGUAAUCAUAUCUCCCAACUGCGAAAAAAUCCAAUCAAAAGGUGGAUUGGAUGAGGCUCUGUAUAAUGUAAUAGCCAUGGCACGGGAACAAGAAAUUCCUUUUGUCUUCGCUCUUGGGCGUAAAGCUCUUGGACGUUGUGUGAACAAACUGGUUCCUGUCAGUGUUGUGGGUAUCUUCAACUAUUCAGGUGCUGAGGACCUAUUUAAUAAGCUGGUAUCACUGACUGAGGAGGCCAGAAAAGCAUACAGAGACAUGGUUGCAGCAAUGGAACAGGAACAGGCAGAAGAAGCCUUGAAGAAUGUCAAGAAGGCACCCCAUCACAUGGGUCAUUCUCGUAAUCCCUCUGCGGCAAGUGCUAUCUCAUUCUGUAGCGUUAUUUCAGAACCCAUAUCUGAAGUGAAUGAGAAAGAAUAUGAAACAAACUGGAGAAAUAUGGUGGAAACAUCUGAUGGGUUAGAAACAUCUGAAAAUGAGAGAGAAUCCUCAUGUAAGACUGCAGUUCCAGAGAAAGCUGGUAAUGGUCAAACUGAAAAAGCCACUCUUAAUAAACAGCCACCUCUGGCUACAAGUGGGACUACCUCAGCAACAAAUCAUGGAAAAUUCACGCCAAGUGACAAAGAAGAGGUGAAACCAGAUGACAAUUUGGAAUGGGCCUCGCAGCAGAGUACGGAGACAGGAUCAUUGGAUGGCAGCUGCCGAGAUCUGUUGAAUUCUUCCAUGACCAGUACUACCAGUACUCUUGUACCAGGAAUGCUAGAAGAGGAGGAGGAUGAUGAUGAGGAAGAUGAUGAGGAUUAUGCCCAUGAACCUAUUUCUGUAGAGGUUCAGCUUAAUAGCAGAAUCGAAUCUUGGGUUUCAGAGACCCAGAGAACUAUGGAAACUCUUCAGCUUGGGAAGACCCUUAGUGGUGCCGAAGAAGACAAUGCAGAACAAAGUGAAGAGGAAGAAAUAGAGACUUCUGAGCAUGCUGAUCCAGUCACUGAUGGUGAGGAAUGGACGACUGAUAAGCACGCAAGUAACACGCAACAUAAACCCACCAUCUGCAGUUCUUUGAAUAAAGAACACACAGAUUCCAUCUAUAUGCCGUAAAAAAAAAAAAAAAAAAAAAGCAGAAACUCAGGAACUUUUUAGAAACUAACUGUUGUAAAAGUUGCAGCCAUUAUUUCGUAUGCUUCAUCUCAACAUUUUGCACUGUUAAACAUUUAAUAUGUGUAUUUAAUUCACACCAAUAUUUUUUGUAGCUGUCUUUGUUACUUGUUUGAUUCAAAAACUAGCUUAGCUUUUAAUCGGUAUCUAUUUCCCAGAACAGGAACUGUGUGAAGACCUGUCAGUAGGUAUUCAUUUGAUCUUUUGUAAAAGGAAACAUCUUGUAGCUGACCAGUUUUAAGCAAAAUUCUUUUUAAGAUGUGACUGUUUAGCUAAUUUUCAACAGAUAAUCUGCAUUUUAAGACUGACAAAUUACCGACAUUUUACAUGCUGUUAGGCCAGUUAUGUCAGUUUAUUUGGCCAUCGUAUUCUAGUUAUAGCUAGAAAUAAAAAUAAAAUUUUGUUUCUCUUUCAUGAGAACCCACAAAACCAGUCAUAAUGAAAAGUAAAUAGUAGGGGAAAUCUAUGCAUGAUUCUUAUGCUAAGAUAAAUGCAGCUUUUUAGUUGGUCUUGGUGUAUGCAUCCAUUAAAAAGCUGCUGACAGUUGAGAUGGUUACAGUAAGAUAUAACAACUUUGAUUCCAGAAUAACUUUAAGCCAGAGGGUUAAAAUAAUUAAUAUAUUUCUUAUUAUUAUUUACGAAAUGGAAACACUGCAUUUAAAAAAAAAAAAAACAAAAAAAAGGAAAAAACAAAAAUUCCCCGUGCUCUCCACCAUCACUAUCUAUGAAACCACACUAAGUGAAUCAUUAACCAUAAUCCCUAUCCAGGGUUUUAAUGAACUGAGGACUUCCUCUUUCUCCUGUCACUUACCUCAGGAAUGCUGUUAUGCAUCAUGUUACCCAAAUAACAUUGCAAAAAGCAAGAAUAGUCCUUAGCAGCAAGUACAAAUAAUAUAGAGGUUUAGUGUACUGAUAUGUUCAUCUACACGCUUUGAUCCUGGCCACCCUCCUGCUGAGCUGAGGAUGGGUCUUAACAGUUCUUACUGAUAAUGUGACCUCUUCUGUCUGUUCUCACAGUUGUAGCAGCCUUGAGGGUUGGCCUUUAGAGAAGAAAAGGAAGUAGUUAUUCCAGGAAAGGGGGAAGUGCCCUGUAGUAGCGGGAGGUGUUUCACUGGUUCAGAGGUAAAAGAAACAAAACACACCCCUUCCUUGAAAAAUACAUUGUUACUAGAGAAUUUUUCCGUAUUUUGUUCUGAAUAUUGAAGUGAAAUCCACUCACUGGUGAUGAAUUUAUUCCAGAUUGAAGAUGGAGUAUGUGUCUAAGCCUUGCAUGCAAGAAGUCUCUUUUCCAUCUUUAUUUUACACUGUCAAGAGAAGUACCGAAACUGCCAGCAGCAGGAGUAGCUCAAACUACUCUCACUACCAGAGUAGCCAAAGAAUAGCUUGCAUGAAUAACAUUUUUAUGGCAAAUGUAUGUUUGUUUCAAUUCCACUUCAUUUUUUUUUUCUUGAUCACUUGCGUAAAAACACAUAAAAUUCUGGGUAGCUUGAAUAACACAAGGAAUUUAUAGCUUAGUUAUGUAUUUAGCCCACAACUUUAGUAACAUGGGACCAGCACUUCUAGUAUUUGCAAUGCUGGCAUUUUAAGUUGCACUGGGAAAAUGACUCCAGGUUUAGAAAUCAUCUACUCCUGUUUUUUUGGAUGCUAAUGAGAUUAAUAGAAACUGUGUGUAUUAUGUAAAUAAUGCUUUGGGUAGGUAUAGGCAUAGCAAAUGCUAUGUAGAUAAGCAGUAUAGAGAGCUGCUAGGACAACUGGCUGUUCUGUCACGUUCUGAAGUUCCUUAACGUAAUCUUCCUAGAUACUAGAGCAGGCGUUUUAUAGGAAAACAAAGACUAAGUAAGGAAUGAUGCCUCCUGAAUGUUAACUCUUUUACUAUACGUGUGGCAGAUUUCUACUGUCUGUAUGUUUUGAAAGUCUCUUUUUGCUUUAGGAAAUGAUAGGUGUUUGAACUGCUGAAAGGCAAAACUUGCCCUUGGAGGUGUAGGCACGUGUCUUGGCGCCAGCUGAGAUUAGUGUCUACAAUGAGGGCAAAACUUUACCAGAACACUUUAAAUAAAUAAAUAGAGGUAUUUGUAGUUUUCCUUUUGCUUUUUCAGUGCCAGUGAUUCAAAUAACUUUUGAUCUUGAAGUAUUAGCAUCAAAGGCGAUCUUUUUAUAUGCCUUUUCUGAACUUGGACUGUCAUUUUAAGAUUUUUUGACGUUUAUAUCAAAAUGGAAAAAUUCUUGUAAUAUUCAGCCCACUACUUAACUGCAAUUUUGCUACAGAUUUAAUAGAGUUCUUAAGUGAUGCAGCACUUCUAAUAUCUCUCAAUUUGCCAGCAAAUAAGGAGCUGUUCUCUUUUUAAAAUGUGACAGAUCACCCUUAAAGGGGCAAACUGAAAACGACUAAAGGAAACUAUUUUUAGGGCUUCCUUUUUGAUAAGCUGGGAAUGAGCAAUAAUAGUGUGAAUGAAAUUGCAAUUCCUUUGAGCUCAAUCCAUUUGCAUCUAAAAUUAGGGAAGUUCCUUGCAACUUGAAGCACUUGAGAAGAGUAUCUCACUGUGGUAAUUUGAUUCUGUUAGCACCAGAAUUUAAAAAAGAAAGCAUAAAAAUGUUUUACAAUACCAUGUUUUUUUUAAAGUAGCUGAAUUUCUAUUUCGGUAUAAAAGUGUGCAGUUUAUUACACAGGUUGUUACUGUCCCCAGGAAAAGAUGUCUCCGUAGUCAUAGGUGUCUAGAUAUUCUUUUGUUGUGAAAGUGAUUAUUCAGAAAACAAAUCUACUUUUCUUAAGGCGUUCUUUGUAGAAUUGAUUUCACCACUUAACUUGUCUGGUAAAAGCAAAAAUAAUGCGUCUGUGGUAGGGGUAGGGAUCUUUAAAAAUGAUAGAGGUGGCUGUGUAUACAACCUAUUUAUAUAAUACUCUAUCUCUGUAAAAAUAGUGGAACGUGGAUGAAAAUAUGUAGAAGGGAGAAAAGCCUGAAGAACUUCUGUCCAUAAUUGGACCAAGUAAAAUUGUCUAAUUAAGGUUGUAGGACCUGAUCCUGCAAACACACACUGACGAGCGUUAGUUCUGCUGACUUAAAUCAGUGGACCUAUUUAUCUGCUUAAAUUGUGUGCAAGUAUUUGUAAGAUUGGAGCUAAACAGUGACAGAGAGUAUUGACCUGUGUUUUACAAAUUAAUUAUAGAAAAUGUUUGAUAAUGCACUUGUUUUCCUCUGAUAAGAGGUGUCUUAUGCUCAUUUGGGUGGGUGGGAGCUUACACAAUGUGAUUCAGUCCAGUUCUUUAACACAAGCUUAAAUUGUAAUAGCGUUACUUAAAUACAUAUGUAAAAAGUAUUAUCGUUUGAAAAGCUGCUGUUUGCUGAAACUGUCAUUAAGUAUUUUCUGUGAAGUUGUGCCAACUAGCGAAACUAUUCAAUUGAUUUCAACGUUAUCCAUUUAAAAAUUAGAUACGAAGAUGUGUUUACAAAACGAGAAGCCAGCAGAAGCCAGAGAAACAACCGCAGCAGCGGGUUUCCUGCCGCGCGCCCGGGCACUGGAGAACGGCUAAGCCAAAGCUCCCCUCCGCUCAACGGCAACGCUGCAAGUAGAAACCCAGUUGGCACAGCCCACCUUCUCAAUGUUCAUAAAUAGUUCCUAUAUUUUACUUUUAAAUAGAUUCUAAUGAAGCUGUUUAAUCUUUAAUGUCUUAAAAUUUGUAGUAACUCUUAGGUUAAAGCAGUAGAAAAAUCAUUAUGAAAUACAACAUGAAGGGUUUUGUUCCAUUUCUUUUUUGCUGUAUGAAGGAUAACUGUUCUGUCUCCCGUACUUUUUGGAGUAAUAACAGCUUUUUUGCACUAUGUAAAUACUAGUGGGGAUUCUUCCAUAACUAAUAAAAAUGAUUGUAGAAGUU